CAUCAAAAUCUGCAUUGGUAUUUCCCCUUUCAUUUGCUUUUUACCCCAUCAAAAUCCAUCCAGUAGAUCCCGAGAAAAACCUACCUUUGUGUUUUAGGGCUGUUCUGUGGAAAAGUCGGAAAAUCUCAAGAUGGCGUCGCAUCUAAGAUGGCGAAAAGUGAUUUUCUUACACUUCAAUAAUUAGGCUACAAAUGUAACCAACAUCGGAAAACCAAGUUUAAGAAAAACCCCCAAAAAUUGCAACAUUAAAUAUGUGUAAACUCUAACAAUUUUCCCAAGAGACCCCCCUUAAGCAAAAAAAAUUUUUUUUUUGGUAACUUCAAGGUGUUGACUUUUCCCACAAAACUGCUUUAAAGAUUAAUUGUUCAUUUAGUGCAAAAAAAUGGAUCAGAUUUCUUAGAGAUACUUUUUAUUUUAAAAUGAAAAGAAACGAAAUGAUGUUUGAGAUUAAUCUAUAAACUAGUUUUCAAUCAGAAGAUUUAUUACUUAAGAAGCUAAAAAAUUAUGUACUGCAUUAUUUAAGCUUGAAAAUUUUUUAUUUUCUGCUACUUCCUGCCUUUAAAAUCGAUUUUUAAUUUCUGAAAAAAAAGAGAACAACUGUCUUGAGAAGUUGUAUUUUUAAUUCGUUUCAAUUGUCUUUUAAUUUUAUUCUUUUAUAAUUUUACUCUUUAACCACGAAAGUGUUUUUUCAUAAGUGAAAACAUGUAUUUGUCUAAAGCAAGGUAAGAAGUUUCCCUAUAUAUAAUUAAUAGGUAGGUAUCUCAUAUCCACUUCACCUCUACAAAAAAAGUUCACUAUACUUAAUGCUAUUAGUGGCUCUUAAAUUUAUUAUUGACUUCAAUGUGCAUAUGUAUUUAAAACUUCUACCUACAUACAUUAUAUAUAGGUGAACUUUAUGAAAGCUUGUGUUUUAAAGCAUAUUCAUAAUAUUUUUAUUUUUAUUUGGUACUUUAUAGCGGCCUUCAGGUGUUAUAUUGCGAUAUACCGGCGCCUCUUCCUAUAGGUACCCUUGAUCUGUGAAAUAGGCAAUUUAAUUCUCAUUUUGCAUCGUAAUCGCUACUCACUCCUAAUGCUGUUUUAGCGAAAUCGCGAUUAGUCGAUGUGUGGCAGUUCGCGGUGUGUGAUCGAUUUUUUUUAAACAAUCGCAAUGGAUACAAAGAGAAUUUUCUCGGUAGAAUAUAUGGAAUAUAUGCCAUCCCAGGCGACGCAGACAUCAUUUUUGGGACGUUUCCUUAUAACAAUGAAAUUCUCUCUGCGGAUGUUCACCUAUGUGACUGGGAAUUUUUUAAUGUAUAUGUUUUGGCGCGUUUUUAAGUGGCGCUCACCAAAGGAUAUCAGUGAUCAAGUUGCUCUUGUUACGGGUGGAGGAAAUGGUUUGGGUAAGGCAAUUGCCUUAAGAUUAGCAAAGGAAAAGUGUCAUGUGGCUAUUGUGGACUUAGAUAUAGUUGGGGCGCAAAAAACUGUUACGGAAUUGGAAUCCCUUGGAGUGAAAGCUAAAGCUUACAAGAUGGAUGUAUCUGAUUAUGAUCAAUUAGUGGAACUUAGGAACCAAAUAUCCAAGGAUAUAGGAUGUGUCAGUAUCUUGAUUAAUAAUGCUGCUCUUUUGGCAUUAGUGCCAAUGUGUGAUACACCCAAAGAUCACAUUCAGAGGAUAAUCGAUGUGAAUAUUUCUUCCCAAAUUUGGACAACAAAAAUCUUCUUGGAGGGUAUGGUUGAGCAAGAAAGGGGUCACAUUGUGCAAAUUUGCUCAAUUUAUGGCUUAGUUCAUGGUAAGAGUACAAUGUAUUCCAUGACUAAACACGCCAUUCAUGCUUUCACAUCGUGUCUUGAGGAGGAAAUUCAUUGGAAGAAUUGGCAGGAUAAAAUAAAGUUAAGCAGAGUAUAUCCAUUUUUUAUUGCAACCCGCAAAGAAAUCACAGAUAUUCUCAGAAAGGGUGAGAUGUUUGUGAAUUCCCCAGAAUAUGCGGCUGAUAAGAUAAUUCAUGCAAUUAAAUACGAAGAACGGUGUAUUUCAAUACCAAAAGGAUAUUACAUGAUGAUAAGACUUUUUUCAUUAUUUCCAAGGAGAUCUAUCCGAAACUUUUACAAAUCUACGUUCGGAAAGAAAAAUGAUGUAUUUUAAUUUUUAUAAAACAAUCAAAUUUAAUUUCUGUGUAAAAUUGAAUGUUAUUAAAACCGUCUAGCAGUGA